GAAGAUUUUUGGUUUUCCAUUUCGCUUCAUUUCUCUCAAAUCUUCAAAAAGAGAGAGAGAAGGAAAAGAAAAAAAAUAAAUAACCCAAUUAAAUUUUUUUGAAACGAGCUUCGGAUUUUUCUUUCUUUUGGGUCACGCCGCAGAGGAGGGGAAAGGGGAGGAAGAAGACGACGCAGAAACCCUAAAUAACAAACUCUGUGAUUUUUCUUUUUGAAAAAAAUUUAAAAAGAGGGAGCAAAAAUUGGAGGGAUGAGAAGGAAGAGUGGCUAAUCGGGAAUCUCUAUGCUGUUUUUUGCAAUCUAAUGGCGGAAGAUAAAGAGCGAGAGAGUGAGCAGAGCGCCGCCUCGUGGGGGACUUGGGAGGAGCUUUUACUGGCCUGCGCCGUUAAGCGCCAUGGAUUUAAGGACUGGAAUUCCGUCGCCAUGGAAGUUCAGGCUCGUUCUUCUCUCCCUCAUCUCCUCAUCACCGCCCCUAACUGCGAACUCAAAUUCCUUGACCUGAAACGGCGGUUUACAUCCUUCCAAAACGACGCCGUUUUCAACCAGAACGGCGGCGGAAUUGCCGAUAAGAUCGAUAACGCCAUCCCUUGGGUCGAUGAGUUGAGGAAACUUCGCGUCGCAGAACUCCGACGAGAGGUCCAGCGAUAUGACGUUUCAAUCAGCUCGUUGCAGUUGAAGGUCAAGAGAUUGGAGGAGGAGCGAGAACACGGACUGAACGACCGAGACGCCGGCACUGGAAAACCAGAUCUAAAAACGGAGUCCAGAGAACGACGAUCAGAAAACGACAAGAAGCUUUUCGGAGAACCAGAUUACCGGUCCGGACCGAACGGAACAGUCUCGAAGCCGCCGCUGCCGGCGGUUCCCGGCGAAGAUUCCGACCGGGAGGACUUCUCCGUCAACCAGUCCAAUUCCACCGGUUCCAAAAGCGGCAACAGAAAAAGCACGGGCGAAAACGUUAAAUCAGAAACCAAACCGGAAUUUGCCGGCUCAUUCAGAUCAGAACAGAACCGGAGAGCCUCCGAACCAGCCGGUCCGCAGUCGGAUGACGGCAGUACGGACACAGUGGCUAAGAACCCGACGUGCGACAUAUCGGAAACCGAAAAGAAACCCCAGCGAGUGGGCGGCGACUCGUCCGAGUUGGCGGACUCGGAGGCUCAGUCGAACGGAGGAGAGACGGCGACGAGGGAGAGCAGCGAAGUACAGAGCUCGGCAAGCUUGACGGGGAGGAUGAAGAGGAAGAGACUCCUGAGAAAGGAGAUCUCCGGCGGAAGCAGCGGCAACGAACCUCGCCGGACGGCGACCGUCAAGUCACGGCGGUUCGACGAUAUUUUGCAGAUGAUACGGGCGCAUAAACAUGGCUCCUUCUUCGAAUCCCGUCUCCAAAGUCAGGAGUCGGAGGAGUACAAGGGCAUGGUACGGCAGCAUUUGGAUUUGGAGAUGGUUCAAGCCAAGGUCAAUUCUGGCUCUUAUUCGUCUUCAAGCCUCGCUUUUUAUCGAGAUCUCUUGCUUCUUUGCAACAAUGCGGUUAUCUUCUUCCCCAAAUUCUCCAAGGAGGCGGUGGCUGCUUGUGAACUCCGUCUUCUCGUCUCCAAUGAACUGAAGAAGAGUCUGCAGGUUGUUCGGACUGACCCUUCACCUGAAGUAGUGGAUUCAUCCCCUGCGGUUCCUUCCCGGUCCAAGGGUGCGGAUCUGGAAGGUUCACAUUCCUUGCUUGCCAAACAGAAGUCCUCUGUUCCUAUAAUAGUUUGUCGAAAACGGAGCAAGAUUUCAGCCAAGCUUUCGUCGAGUCUUGGGGAAAAAGAUCGGAGUAGCAAUGAUGAAAAGUCAGCUGUUGAUAUAAAACCAACAGUUAAAAAGGCUUCAAAUGCUGUUGAAGACCAUGGUACUACAAAGGACAGCAAGGUGAAAGAGAAGCCCGUAACUGGAGCCAGAAGCAUGAGGAGGAGCAACGAUAGCACCACAAACUCUAGUGGUCCUAGCAUCAAGAAACAGAAUGCAAGUUCUGGAUGGAAACCCGGUUCAGCCAACGAAAUGGAGACAUCAACCCCAGAUAAGAAGAAACCCGAGACAGUUGCACUGGAGAAGAAACGUAGUGCAGCAGAUUUCUUGAAGAGGAUCAAGCAAAACUCACCCGCAGAGACGAUAAAAAGAAACAGCCGAGUUGGAAGCGGUAGUAGUUGUGGGAAUGCAACUGCAGAACAAAAGAAGGGCAGCACCAAAAGCGACAAAGGAAAGGAGAGAGCAUCGUUAAGGCAAAGCAACGACAAGAAGCGUGUGAAGGAUGAUGCCAGCCCUUCCAAGCGCAGCGUCGGGCGGCCACCUAAGAAGGCAGAGGCCGAGCCCGUUCCAACAAAAAGAGCCAGAGAAGGUGGUGGAAAAGAACCUCUAAAAAGACCAAAAAAACGGUCUAGAAGGUGACCCUCUUGAUUGCCUGCCGACGACUGUUAGUUUUGUGUAUAUUAAUAGACGAAGUCCGCAGUGUAUCAAAAUCAGUAUUGCAUUUAAUUAUUUCUUACCUCUAAUUUUGUAACACUAAAAAGUUAGGCAACUCGCUUAGUCUAAUCUUUUUCUUUAUCGAAUUUCAUUUUCGUUGCAUCUGGUCCGUUGAUUGAAGAGAACCAAUUUGUUGCCAGCACAAGGCUCUGUGUGGUGGAUAUUGGAGAUGAGAAAGGGCUCUAAUGGACACGUGGAGCAUGGUAACAGGUUAGCCCAGGCCCAAGUAAUUUCUCCUUCCACCACCACCACUCAUUAAACUGGCAAGGAAGAUGAUAAAAUCUGAUAUAUUCAUAUGAUGUACACAAA